CAGAAACAUUGGUCAGCUGGUAUUCGCAGCAUUAAUUUCGUGGAGUAUUAUUAAGUUUUUUUUUUUUUUUAAUUAGCACUUAGAGCUCUUUAAAUGAAUCGGAAUCGCCGAUAUCAUCGUGGUGGUGGUGGUGGUGGUGGAGGCCGUGGACGUGGUGGACGGCCACCUGGUUUGAGUGGCCGUGAAAUAGGAAUGUACUAUAGAGAUUUACAAAAGUCCAGAAAGGAAGAGGAACAUCGCACGGGUGGCAUACGGCUCAAUCCUGGCAUGGAUGUACCACCCGGUGUACUUAACCAAAUUUUCAAAUGCUUGGAAAGAUUUGAAAAACAAAAUCAGGAUGAACGUGUUUGUAACGAAUUUCAGGAGUACUUUCACCGUCUGCUCAAUGUAAGCUUUGAAGAGUUUUUGAACGAAUCCAAGCGAAACUAUGGCUCCGUGGAUGUGGACCAGGGAGAUGCACACAGUUUACGUUUAAAAGCGGAAUUGGAAAGAAAAGGUGACAGCGAAGAAUAUAAAAAGAAAUUAAAAAUGCGCCAAAAACUACCCGCCAUGCAACAGAAAGAUGACAUACUCAAAGCAAUACAGGAUAACCAAAUUGUUCUGGUAGUUGGAAGUACGGGGUGUGGAAAAACUACACAAAUACCGCAAAUGAUAUUGGAUGCUUAUAUUCAGGCAGAAAAAGGGCAUGCAUGUCGAGUUGUAUGCACUCAACCAAGAAGAAUAUCAGCAAUAUCUGUUGCCGAACGUGUUGCCUAUGAAAGGAAUGAGUCCUUGGGAAGUUCUGUGGGAUAUCAAAUACGUUUAGAAAGUCGCAUGCCCCGCGAUGAUGGCUCCAUUUUGUAUUGCACCACUGGGAUUCUAUUACAAAAAAUGCAAACGGAUCCUUUGAUGAGUGGACUGACAACAGUUAUUCUAGAUGAAAUACACGAGCGUAGUGUGGAAACUGAUCUUCUAAUGGGACUUUUGAAAAUUAUUCUUCCUUACCGUCCAGACUUGAAAGUGAUUUUAAUGAGUGCCACUGUUUCGGAGGAAACAUUUUGUGAAUAUUUUAAUAAUUGUCAUACAAUCUAUAUACACGGAACGCUGUUUCCUGUCGAUGUGCUGUAUUUGGAAGAUGUAUUGCAGGAGACUGGCUACACCAACUUUCAAAACGAUAUUAUGGCGGCAACUCGAAAAAAUGGACGCCAAAGAAAUAAUAGGGAACAGCAAGAUACACAAUAUUCCAGUAUGAUCAACUCGUACUUGCCUUCGAUAAGGGAUAAAUAUGAUAAGCAAGUAAUAGAUACCUUAAGACGCUACAGCGAUACCGAGGGAUGCGGAAAUUUGAACUUUUUGGAGUAUUUAAUUUUCUACAUAUGCGAGCAUAAACCUCCAGGAGCCAUUCUGGUGUUUCUGCCAGGCUAUGAGAGAAUAUCCAAAUUAAAUGAUCAGUUGCAAAGGCCAACGAAUCCGAGUCAUCAACGUUUGGUCGAAGGAAUACAGGUUUAUCCAUUACAUUCUAUGAUGCCUACAGUUAAUCAGCGUAGUGUGUUUGAGCCACCACCGGCAGGCACGCGCAAAGUAAUUCUUUCAACUAUUUUGGCAGAAACUUCUGUGACAAUAGAUGAUGUUGUGUAUGUCAUCAACACAGGCCGAACUAAGGUGAGUGAUUAUGACAUCGAACAGAAUAUACAGACCUUGCAGGAGCAAUGGGUCAGCUUAGCUAACUCCAAGCAGCGUAAAGGUCGUGCGGGACGUGUUCAACCAGGCGUAUGCUACAAUUUAUUUACAAGGGGGAGAGAACGUUUGAUGGAUGACAUACCUUCACCUGAAAUUCUACGCAACAAAUUGGAAUCUAUAAUACUGCAUUUAAAAUUGUUGCACAUCAAGGAGCCUUUUGAUUUUCUAAAGACUUUAAUAAAUGUACCAGAUAUACGAGCAAUCAAUCAUGGCCUGCGUCUUUUAAAAUGCAUUGAUGCUUUGGAUGAAGACUGCAAUUUGACACCAUUAGGACUGCAUCUGGCUCGCUUGCCCAUAGACCCGCAAAUGGGUAAAAUGAUUCUUAUGGCGGCUCUUUUUCGUUGUUUGGAUCCCAUUACAUCAGCCGCUGCUGGCAUCUCAUUUAAGAGUCCCUUCUACACACCAUUGGGUUUGGAACAUAAGGUUGACAAUGUUAAACGAGAUCUAUCUUUGAAUUCAAAAAGCGAUCAUUUGUUAAUACACAAUGUCAUAAAGGGCUAUCGCGAGAACCGGCAGCAAGGUAGUGAUAUGAAUUUUUGUUAUAGGAAUUUUUUGAGUAAAUCCACUUUGUCUCAAAUUGAAAAUAUGAAACAACAAUUUGCUGAUAUUUUAAAAAAUUCAAGUUUUCUAGAAUCCUCCGAUUGCUGUGCUAAAAACUCAAAUAUUAAUUCCAACAACAUACCUCUACUAAGAGCUAUAAUAGCUUCAGGAUUAUAUCCAAAUCUGGCAUUUCUGAGGAAAGUAAAAAGAGUUGGUCGAAGAGUUCAUGCCAUUCACAGUAUGUCUACGCCGGUGGAUCGAAAGGUAAAUUUUCAUCCAUCUUCAGUGAAUAGUGGCGAAGCAUCCUUUGAUUCCAAUUACUUUGUAUAUUUCCAAAAGCAGCGUACAUGUCAAGUUUAUUUACUGGAUGCCACAAUGGUUUUUCCCAUGGCCUUGCUGAUAUUUGGUGAUGGCGUCAAACAGGGUGAACUAUCUGCUAACGAACCCUAUAUUAGUGUUGCGGAUACCUAUUAUUUCAAAUGUGAGCCGGAGACAUCAUCGGUUAUUUUGAAAUUACGUCAAUUGCUUGGUGUUUUGCUGAGGAAAAAAGCUUUACAUCCUUCGCCCAUAGAGAUAAACAGUGACGACGAACAACUGAUAAGAGCCAUACACCUGCUGCUUUCUUUGGAUGAUAUUGGUAGUCAUCUCGAUCAGUAUCCUAGUGAUGAUGAAGAUGACGACGAUGAUUUUGAUAUGGAUCAUGAUGGUGUUACCCCCUAAAAUUCCAGCUGUAAUUUCAAGUUGAAAAUCAAAUAUAAAAAUGACAAAGACAA